GAUAUACACAAAAAUAAUUAACACACACAAAAUGCAUACAUACAGAGCAUACGCCGCACAUGUUCACGAUAAUGUUAACGCAGAUCAGAAGCCUAUGGUUGCCGAUUUAAUAGCCACACAGUACGCGAAAUCACAGACACCGCCUCCAUCACCAAAUGAAAGCCACUCCAGCCCAGACACAUCACUGAAUAGCAGCCGCUUGAGCGGUAAUGAAAUUCCCACUGAUCCAUCGGUGCGCCGAUAUCGCACCGCAUUCACAAGAGAUCAAUUGACACGUCUCGAGAAGGAAUUCUUCAAAGAGAACUAUGUCUCACGUCCACGUCGUUGCGAGCUGGCUGCGCAACUUAACCUGCCCGAAUCCACAAUUAAAGUUUGGUUCCAAAACCGACGCAUGAAGGAUAAGCGCCAACGCAUUGCGGUUGCAUGGCCCUAUGCCGCCGUUUACUCCGAUCCCGCUUUUGCCGCCUCCCUACUACAAGCAGCCGCCAACAGCGUGGGCAUGCCUUAUCCACCAUAUCCUGCACCCGCCGCCAAUCCCAUGCUAGCCGCCACCGCCAUGCCAAUGCCCCAUCAAUAUGCACCAUACCGUUACAAUCCAUACGCUCCAAUGCCCGCCGCACGCCCGGUGCCACCACCAAUGCAACAGCAUCAUGCCUUGGCUGCCGCCGCCGCUACCGGUUAUCCCAGCGUAUUGAGCGCUAUUGCACCGCCACACCACGCUUAUGGCAGCUUCAACGGUUUGCCACCAAAGCAACAAACACCACCACUUGAUUUGCAAUCAUCGGCAUCACCACACUCAUCCACACUGUCGUUGAGCCCCACCGGUUCGGAUCACACCAAAGUUUUUGAACGCGGCAUGCCAACAGCCACCGCGACCAGCAGCCGUAGCAGCAGCAGCGCUGAAUUCAUUAGUGUGACACAUGAGAGCAACAACAACAAUUUGAAUGCCGCAGCAUCUGCCAACAGCAGCACUUUAUAUAGCAGCGAAAGCAAUAGCACAGCACUGCCAGCCACCAUCAAUGAAAUCAAUCAUCAACUAACCGCCACACAGUCGGUUGGUCUAUUGAUGACCAGCAACAGCGAUGGCACCGUUAAACGUGCCGCAUGCUCACCAGCACACACCGCUGUCUCAGAGCCCAAACCCAAACUCUUCAAGCCCUACAAAACCGAGACUUAAGCGUGCUUAAGUCACAUGCUUUGCGUGGGGGGAAGUGGGCGUCAACUCGGCCCAAUUUAAAGAGGGUGAAAACAGAGAAUGUAAAUAGUUGUUUGGUAGUUGGCAGCCGUCGGGGCUAAAAAACCUGAAGCGUUUAGUAUAAUUAAAUAAAUGAAGUGCUGUGAUAAAUAAUCAACAUGUGUGU